AUGGUGGAAGGAACAUGGGAACAUAAUGAUACCUCGCUCCGCUUACUGUUUCAAUUCCGUUAUUGGGACUUCGUCAACGGAAGUUCAGAUUGA